UUGCUGUUAAACAAGAUUUUUUGGGGCUUAAUUUGAAAAAUAACCUAAUUUGCUGUUCAAAAGGCUUUUCCUUAAUGUCUCCUUAUCAUCCAACAUAUUUGCUUAUCCAACGUUCUGCUGGCCCGUUAAUGUUGGAUAAGCGAGACUCUACUGUAUCCAGAAAUAUCUGGUGCUGUAACCGAUAUAUCAUUUACCGUCCCGGAAUACUAGCCAGAUGGCCCAUGAAUGGUCACAAAAGUCAUAGAAAUAUGGUCACAGAAGUCAUGGAAUAAUAGAAACAUGGUCCCUAAAGUCAUAGACUCAAAGAACCAAGUAACAGAAUCAUCCCAAAAGUCCUAGAAUCCUAAAAUGAUAGAAUCAUAGAGUCAUGGCGCCAAACAUCAUAGAAUCAUAAAGGUAGAAGAGACCAUCCAGUCCAAUGCUAUUCUGCCAUGCAAAAGCAAUAUAACACUCUUGCAGGCUUCAUCAUUACUGGAUCCGUCCUUCAGGACUUUUGCAAACGUUGGAUGUGCAAUGUUGCUAUUUCAUCCAAGGCAGAAAUUCAACUCAUUCUUGGAUGGACAAACAGAACCACAACUGCUAACGUUCCCUUAAGGCAGUGUUUCUCAACCUGUGGAUCUCCAGGUGUUUUUACCUACAAGUCCCAGAAAUCCCAGCCAUUUUACCAGCUGUUAGGAUUUCUGGGAGUUGAAGGCCAAAACAUCUGGGGACCCACAAGUCGAGAACCACUGCCUCAAGGGAGAAACUGUGGCAUUACCUCCGAAGUUAAAAAAUUGGAAAAACCAAACUCUUCCUUGAAAAGCUGUGAUUGUCUAGACAUGUGGGGGUUAAAUCUAGGGCAAAGGAGGGUAAAAAUAGAUGGGAGGGUCCAAUGUGAAAGGUUUGGAACCCCUCCCCUUAUAUAUAAAACAAAGACUCCGCCUCCAAUAUGUGGCAUUCAGUGUGUGUCCACACCAGGGUAGAAUUGGCACCAUGCUCUCCAGAUCAGCCAUGCACGUGCCACAUUAUGCCCCUUCCAUGUUCAGGGAGUUUGACAGAUGGAAGGGCUAUCUGAGCCUUGCGAAAGUGGUUACGGAGAUCAUCGCGGAACGCAAGAAGGUCCCAUUUCCAUCUCAGAGUUGGGACACAAUGGAGUACGACAUGCAGCUAGUCCUCAACGAGGACAACUUUGAAACAGCAUCACAAUGGGUUAAUGGAAGCAGUUCCAGCAGCAAGAGCUCCAAAGGUAGUGCCAAUGGCCAGGCUUCCCAAAACAAGGAGAUUUGCAAUUUCUGCAAACACAACGGGGAAUCCAAGCAGGUCUAUUCGUCCCACCGGCUGAAGGGGAUGGACGGCACCGUGGAGUGCCCCAUCUUGCGCAAAUACACCUGUCCGCUCUGCGGUGCCACGGGCGAAAAGGCCCAUACUUUAAAAUACUGCCCACUGAGCCAAGGGAAGAGGUCGCUGUAUCGCAAGUGCGGACGUAACUCGGCUGGACGCAAGGUGAGGAGAUAAGAAGAUCAGGAGAAGACCGAAGCAUUUAUUCUUAGUUUUAGUUUGACUUUGUAAAAGAACAACAUUUGAUUUCGAGCAUCAUUAACACUCUUUACAUUUCCUCCCACUUUGUUUCAGGUUUGGAGAAUGGAAGCCCAAUUCUCUUAGACUACAUUUGUGAGUCCAGAAAUGUUUUUUUAUGUAUAUUGUUGCCUUCUUUCACAUUUGUUGUACCUAGGUUAAUUAUAUUGUGUUUCUUUUAGAUGUGUCAGUUGCCUAGUGUGAUGACUCAUGGGCCCUGCAGUCCUAUUCCUGACAGUAUUGUGGCAGAUGAGGAGGAAAAUAUGGAGUUUUCCCCAGAUUUCCGGUCGGAGUCAGAGCCUUGGCAGCUGCCUGAAGUUCUAGUCCAAGAACCAAUUAAACCUGACCUUGGUGGGAACUCUCCCCCUUAUGGGAGAAAACAGGCUUACACGACUGAUAGAGGAUCGAGAGAAAAAUUUAGAAGUAGUGCUCGCCUUGCUGCCAAAUAUGCCACUGAUUAGAAGUAUUUCCCCUGAGAAAAUACGGGGAGUCUUGCACCUGCAAGCUGGUUUCCUUCGCUCCCUGUUCUCUAGGGAAAGUGAUUGUUGUUUGGGGAAACGAGACCCAAUAUAGGGAAAUUGCGCGAAGGAUUCCUUGCGGAGUCAAUUCGUCAGCUCCUGGAGAGAGGUCAUGUGUGUGUGGACUUCGAAUCCUGUUCCUUGCCUCCUGAAUCUAGUUCCAAGCCUUGUCCUCGUCUCACGGAUUUACCACAGAUCUUGUUCCAUGCUUCAAGUUGCUUUGCCUUUAGCCACAGCUCCAGCCACGUUCCAAGUAACUUUCAGCCUUGUGUCAAGCUUCAUUGGAUUCAAGACUUUUUCUGUUUUCCCAACGCUUUGCUUGGCAAACCGUGUGUUGCGGUUAUUGGAUUAUAAUCUUUGGACUCUAAUAUUUCAUAUUGGACAAUAAUCUGCUGGACUAUAUUUGGCCUCAUUUGAAAGGUCUGCUUCUGAACUUUAUUCUACACUUGUUUUUAUUGACUUUAUAUAUUCCUUUAAUAAAGAUAUUAGAUAGAA